UUCUCCGUUUCGUAGUGAUUUUUACACACACACACUAAUGUGUACAUUUAUAUGUGUGCGUGUGUGUAUCUAAUAUUUUUUUAUAAUUGGCGCGUAGCAAUGGAAGAGAAAAUCUUAAAUUACAUUAGAAAUUACAAAAGCGCCAAGUGACUAACUAAAGGAAAUUGCAGUACCUACAUACAUACAUACAUACAUACAUAGUAAACGUUAAAGAACAAAGAAGUCGCGACAGAAAAAUUGCAUUGAGUACAGUGUAAGCGCAAAAUAAAAUGUAUAAUUAAAAUACAAAAAAUAUGUACAAAGUGAGAAUUUUCCACCACGACCAUUGAAAAACGCCAAAGUACGUCCAUAUUACAUACUACAUACAUAUGUAUGUACAUAUCUACAUACUAGCAUCAAGUGACAAAGCUUAAUAUACUUCAAUAGAAAAAAAUCAAUAAAAGAAAAACGAGGAAAGUAAGAAAAUUUUUCAAAAAAUCACAUACAGUGAAAAUACAUUUACAUAUACGUACAUAUACGUGUAAUAAUAAGCGCAUUACAUGCAUGCUUUAUCAACGUAAUAUCGAAAGAGAAAAAAUCGCAUACAAAUCCAUAGUCGAAAUGGCACCCUGCCAAGUGCAUCCAGUUAUAAUUCAUACGAGCAGCAGUGCCGUCAGCGCUAGAACUGCUCCGGUGCGUCCCACUGGCAGUGUGCGCCGAAAUCUCUUCGGUCAGCCGGAUCAACGCGAAAUGGUGCGCACUUUCGACAAUGAAAAUGCACGUCAACGCAAACGUUUGGAUAAUUACAAAAUUAUUGAACCCAUAGCGCAAAGCAAAGAAAUCAACACCAAUAAGGAGACGGAGCCUAGCAAUGAAUCUUUCCCUGGUUUGAUCGCCAAGGAGUUGGAGGCACACGAAAAGGAAACGCAAAAACAAAAUUUAAAACAAAAGAGUAGUGGCGAAGCGUCGUCGUCGUCGUCGUCGUCGUCGUCGCUGAGUCAACGCCAGGAGCAGAUUGAGAUGACACCAACAUUGUCGACAAAGGCUAAAUUAAGAACGCUCCACACUAACAGUCGCGCCAACAGCGAUGCGGCCACCGAAGAUACGCGCUACAGGCCUUACAUCAAA